UGGUGAGCAAAAUACUGGUCACAGAAAUAACCCCUAGACACUAGCCUGCGUUUCAAUUUGCACAGACAUCAUAGUUUAGGCCGCCAAAAUCGAAGGUCGCGGUCAUGGGAGACAGCGGCGACAGCCCUAGUGCGACGGCGGAGCAUUCUUCCCCCAAUUCUUUAGGUAAACGUCCACACCGCCACGACAAACGCAGCAGGAAAAAACGAAAGCUGCUGCUAUCUUCAGAAACCGAAACCUGUAUCCGAAUCCAGACCAUAAAACCUGAUUCAACCCGCACAUUCUGUUCCUACACGCGCAAACAUACAGAUUCGCACUUCCAAAGGCAAGACAGGAUCCGUACGAAGUCACGCAGGAAUCACAGCUGGCAACAACGCAAGUGGACUUAUUCUCAACAACAUCAUCUCUCCAAUUACAAAGAUAGGGUUGUUAUUGUAUCAUAUAACAUACUUGGCGUUGAAAAUUCAACCAAGCAUCCAGAGUUAUAUAGAGAUGUGUCCCCAAAGUAUUUGGAUUGGGAAUAUCGGAAGAAGAUACUGUGUAAAGAAGUCAAGGGUUAUCAACCUAGCAUCUUGUGUUUUCAGGAAGUCGAUCACUUUGAUGAUUUGAAUGAGAUUCUUGCAAAAGAUGGCUUCAGAGGUGUGUACAAGUUAGUGUAUUGGGUUCCCAAGGCUCGUGGUGGUGAAACAUGUGAUGGCUGUGCUAUAUUUUGGAAAACUGAGCUAUUUACUCUGUUGCAUGAAGAAAACAUAGAGUUUCAGAGGUUUGGACUUCGUAACAACGUUGCUCAAUUUUGUGUUUUGAAGAUGAAUCAAGACCCGUCCAGUGAUGAAGCUACUGAACGACGGUCUUCAAGAGCUACUACCUCUCGAAGUUUAUUGGUUGGAAACACACAUGUCCUAUACAACCCUAAACGUGGAGAUAUCAAACUCGGCCAGAUGCGAGUAUUACUUGAGAAGGCGUAUGAAUUAUCGCAAGAAUGGGGAUGCAUACCGACUGUGAUUACUGGGGACCUGAAUAGUUUACCCCAGAGUGCAAUGUAUCAGUUUCUGGCAUCAUCUAAGUUGCAUAUCCAUGAACAUGAUCGAAAAGAAAUAUCUGGCCAGAUAAUUCCAUCUACAUAUACGGCAUACCGAUCUCCGCAUUAUAUGACAAGGCAUUUUAAGAAUAGAUGGACUGAUGAAGAAAUAAUGCUUGCUACUGGAUCGAAACGCAGUUGUGUUAAGCAUCAUUUAAAUCUCUGCAGUGCCUAUGCUGAAGUUCCUGGAAGCUCAAACGUUAGGGAUGAAAUUGGGGAACCUCUGGCAACAUCCUAUCAUUCCUUAUUCAGCGGAACUGUUGAUUACAUAUGGCAUACAUUAGACCUUGUUCCUGUGAAAGUUCUUGAAACGUUGCCUAUGCAUACAUUAGAGAAGACAGGAGGUCUUCCAAGUAAGGAAUGGGGCAGUGACCAUCUUGCAGUUGUAUGUGAACUUGCUUUUACUGAUGAGGGUUUAGAACAAGACUGAACCAUUUAUUUUAUUUAUGCUACAUCUUUUCUUCCAUAAGGUAUAACUGCAAUGCUGUUUCUUUUCAUUUCCCUACGCUUCAUUCAGCUUAUAGAUAUCUCUGAUUUUCCUUAAAAGCUAAAUGCACAUUUCGUUACACUCAGACGGGGGAAGUUGAAUUCACAUAAUUUAUUUAGUUAACCGUAAAUAUUGGUGCCUUGUCAAAUACUGUGCAUCUCUUCUUCACAUUUGAGGAUAAGAAACAAAUUUUACAU